AUAAGGUCUAUGGGGGUUUCCCCGAAAAACAAAUGGGAAUAUUUUUAGUGCGAUUGAUUGCAGAACAGAAUACGAUAUUGCGCUGCCACAUUUUUAUUUCACCAAUUUAAUUUUCUAUAGUUGCCCCGUUCGCUACAAAAACAGCAACACUUGCAAAAGCUGCAUGUGAAUUUGUUAGUCUAUUUCAGCUGUGAAGUGCAUGGAGGAACCACCGGUAACUAUUUAAAAUCAACACAAAAACUGUAGUCAAUAAAUCAAGAUUUAGAUCGAGGGAAGCACAACAUAUCCAUGGCUGGCUUGAGUCGUUAUGACGCUUUCAAGGAAGAGGCAGAAAAAUGGUGCCGGGAAAACUCCACUGCUAGGUGGCAACUCUUCCUGGCAGAUGAGACAGAUAGACAACUCGUCUUCACUCAUGACAAUGGAGAAAUGUCAUUCAGUGUCAUUUGCCCGUCUGAUAACAAAGUGAGCAACGUCAGUCUUAUAUCCAAUAGCAGUAAUGAUGAUGUCAUGCGCAUUGUAAGAAACAUCCAUGGUAUUAACAACAUUCAGGAGUAUUUGGGAAAGGUUACAGCAGCUUUAGAACCUCUUGUGAACACUCAUAUUAGCAGAGAGGAUGAAGGGGACGACGAUAGUGAAACUGACAUGAACGACGAUGAUUACUACAACAAUAUGGAUGAAGACGAAUCUCCACAUGUAAGCAGGAAAGCUGUGGCUGACUCAGUUUAUGAUGAAGACUCUGACUUGACGAAAUACUCAGGGGCAGGAUCUCAAACAUCAGUGCGACGUCUAAUUGUGGAUCUAAAGAUGUUCAGACAAUCUGAUGGCAAGUUUGGUAUUCGGGGAAGUCCAAGGAAUGACAAUUUGUUUCUUUGGGAUGUGCAGCUGACAGAUUUCGAUGCUGGAUCCCCACUGACUAGAGACCUGAAUCGCUUUGCAGCACAGAAUAAGGAAAGGCCAGAGCUUCAUCUUGAGGUGAUCUUCCCAGAUGAUUACCCAAUGUCUCCACCAUUCAUCAGGGUCGUCAAACCAAGAUUUGAAUUCUUAACAGGACACGUGACAGUAGGGGGCAGCAUUUGUAUGGAACUAUUGACAAAAUCUGGCUGGCGACCAACAAAUGAUAUAGAGAGCAUCUUGGUACAAGUCCGAUCAGCGAUCAUGUCCGAUCCCAAUGCAAGGCUACAUCGAUCCCAAGCGAACGUGCCAUACACUAUGAAGGAAGCUAAGACGGCAUUCCAACGAAUGGUUGAGCGAUACAAAUGGGAUAAGUAAUGUUUAAUGUGCAUCAACUCUUUCUGCUGCGUGUUUUGGCACCUUAUGUCCCUAAAUCAUUCAAAAAUAUCAGAAAUCAAAUCGAAGCAUGUUUGCUUUUUUAGAUGUUGUGGCCAAGCGAUCUACAUGUAGGACUGUGGACUCAAGUUCUGAAUGUGGGUUCGAAUCCUAGUCUGGUCAGCCACAACACUUGCGUCCUUGAGCAAGGCACUUUAUCAUAACUACUUCCGUAUACCACGCGCUCGUGGUAUAUGGAAAAAAAAUAUAGCGUGUCUGUGUCCAAUAUCCAAUUCGGCCUUCCGCCUCGUUGGAUAUGGGGCGCAGAAGUGCUAUAUUUUUCCGAAUUCCACUCGUGCUUGUGUGAUAACUUAUAAUGUGUUUUUUGUAUGCUUUGCGGCUGACAUUUUAAGAAAGAUGUUUUGAAAUCUGUAGCUACCUAUCUUGAGCAGAGAGGAAUGACAAGAGAAAUCUCUGCUUUUUAAGAAAUUGUUUUAUGUACAUACAUGUAAUAAGUCUAAAGAUAACUUUUAAUGUUUUGGUUAAGAUAUAGUUAAAAAAAGUGUUUUUGUGAAAGUGACCAAAACCAUUUUUCCUUUUGAAGGGCUUUGACUUGCUAUAGAAGUUAAUUCAUAGGCCCUAGUUUUCCCAAUUGUGUUUUUUUUUAAGAGUACAACUGUAUUGAUUGAUAUUAACUUUGGUUUUUACCCAUACACCGAUGUGU